AUGGCUAGCCCUACAGUUCUUACCUUCGAUGCUGAGGGUCGUGCCGUUGACUUCAAUGUCUGGGUCGAUGAUCUGCAGCUGUUUCUUCAAUGCGAUAGUAAGGACGGUAUCUCUCUUUUUGAUCUCACGUCCGGCGCCUCUCCUGCACCUGCUGCCGAUGCUGACAGUAUAGUUCGCUCGCAGUGGACUACUCGUGACGCCGUUGAUCGCCUUGCUGUUCGUAGUCACCUGCCUUCUGCUGAGCGUGCGCACUUUGGCCAGUACAAGACUGCUAAGUCUCUGUAUGACGCUGUUGUAGCGCGGUACUCCUCCCCUGCCACUGGUACUCUCAGCCGCCUCAUGCUACCGUACCUGUUCCCUGACCUGGCCGCCUUUGCUACGGUCGCUGACCUUAUUACCCACCUCCGCACUAGUGACGCCCGCUACCGGGCUGCCCUUCCCUCCGAUUUCUGUGCCAAGAACCCCCCCCCCCCCCCCCCCCCCAUGUACAUCACUCUCUUCUUCCUAGUCACCCGUCUCCCUGACUCCCUUUCUUCAGUCAGGGACCACUUCCUCUCCCUUUGCCCCACCGAGCUCACCGUUGACCUGCUGGAGGAGCGCCUCACUACAGCUGCGAAGAUUACAGAUGCUGUAGGUGCUUCUCGCGGCGACCCUCGCGCCCCUUUCUUUGAGGGGUGUUCCCCCGUUACCCUUCUGCCCUCUGUUGCUUCUGCUGCUACUGUCGACCUCGUUGGCACUGAGCAGAAUGUUGAUAUCUUUGCUCUAGACUUUGAUGCUAUCCUUGCUGCCAUGUAUGCUGUGUCUACUAGUGCUGAGGGUGACUGUUACCUGUGUGUGCCGCCCGACCCAGGUGUAGGGUCUACUGCUCUAGGUGCUGGUGAGGCUUCUGCUCUAGGUGCUAGUGAGCCUGCUGCUCCAUAUGCUGGUGAGUCUGCUCUCUCUGGUACUGCGCCUGCUGAGGCCUUGCACACCUUCACACUUGACUCAGGUGCUUCUCGCUCCUUCUUUCGCGACAGCACCACACUCACGCCGCUUAGUCGGCCAGUUGCAGUCUCCCUGGCGGACCCCUCUGGGGGCCCCGUCCUCGCGCACUCCUCCAAGGUGUGUCCCAGGUAG